AAAAAUUUAGAAAACGUCGGCUUCGUUAGGAGGAAUAAAACCAAGAUAUCCUCUUCGGACAAAAGAAUAUUCCCAAUUAUGCCCUUCGCAUAUUCUCUCUCCACCAUUACCGUUAUAUAUCAAAUCACCCCAUCCCAGCGGCACAAUUCCCCUUAUUUCAUCUUCCUCAGAAAAAAAAUUAAAAAUUAAAUUCUAGCAAAUCCAAUCGAAGAAGAUCGUGAUUUCAAUUGGCCGAAUUUUUCGAUUUAUAAUUUUUUGUAUUUUUCGGAUUUUUUUUAUUUAUUUUUAAUUAAGGAUGAAAUUCGGGAAGAGUUUGAGCAACCAGAUUGAAGAGACGCUGCCGGAAUGGAGGGACAAGUUUCUCUCGUAUAAGGAGCUGAAGAAACGGCUCAAGCUCAUCGAGCCGAAGCCGAAGCCGUCUCUCUGCGACGAGGAGAGAGCUCAGAAGAGGCGGAAAAUGGACGACGGCGGCGGCGGAGAUAGGGUGGCGAUGACCGACGAGGAGGUCGAUUUCGUCCAGCUUUUGGAGGACGAGCUCGAGAAAUUUAACGCCUUUUUCGUUGAGAAAGAGGAGGAAUACAUCAUCAGAUUGAAGGAACUUCAGGAUAGAGUGGCAGGGGCAAAAGAUAGGAAAGACGAGAUGAUUAAUAUUCGUAAAGAAAUUGUCGAUUUUCAUGGAGAGAUGGUUUUGUUGGAGAAUUAUAGUGCUCUUAACUAUACCGGAUUGGUUAAGAUAUUGAAGAAAUACGACAAAAGAACCGGUGCCCUCCUUCGACUGCCCUUCAUCCAGAAGGUUCUUCAACAGCCCUUCUUCACCACAGACUUGCUCUACAAAUUUGUGAAAGAGUGCGAGAGAAUGCUCGAUCGAAUGUUCCCUGUCAAGGAAGAAGACACCUUAUCAUCUGCUACUACUACUACUACUACUACUACUGAUGGAAUCGACGGCCCAACAAGUUCGGCGAUCGACGACCGUCUGAUCAAAGAAUCGAAGGAACUAGCAGAGAUAGAGUACAUGAAGAGCCUGUACAUGAAGAGUAGUUUAGCUGCACUGAGGAUUCUGAAAGAAAUACGAAGCGGCAGUUCUACUGUUAGCGCAUUUUCUUUGCCGCCGCUGCAGGGUAGUGGAUUAGAGGACACGUGGAACACAAUCCCUGUUCUUGAGCAGGUUGCUAAGUAGUGAUAGUAUGAGGAAACUAGGGUUUUCUCUUUAUUAAUUAUUCUCACUUGUGAAAUUUCGAUGAUAUUUUUGUUUUUUUUGGUUGUGCAUGAAUUUUUCGAUACGAAAGCAGUUGUAAAGUGCUUAGGAAUUAUGUAUCAAGAAUACUUUGGAUCAAUCCAAGGGCUACGCAUAUGAAAAUCCCGUUUUCUUACAUAGUU